CAAAUAUUACUAAUCAUCAAGUUGGACUUGGUUCCGCUUUAUUUUAUGGUGGUAUUAUUCAAGUACUUUCUGGAAUAUGUGGAUUAUUUUCUGGCAAAACUCUCGGCGCUACUAUUUUUUGUUCGUAUGGUGGUUUUUGGAUCUCUUUUGGAUUCAUUUAUCUACCAAGUUCUGGGAUCAUUGAUUCAUUUAAAAAUGAUCAAGUGAUGCUUAGAAACGCCAUCGGAAUUUAUCUUACCGUAUGGACUAUUUUUACAUUGUUAAUGUUAAUUGCCUCCUUAAGGACUACGAUUUUAGAAAUUUCAACACUAUCACUUGUAUUGAUUGUCUUUAUUUUUCUUGACAUUGCUAAUUUUACUGGUUUAGCCGUUUUUUCUCGCAUUGGUGGAUGUUUUGGAGUGCUAGCAACUCUUUGUGCGUGGUAUACAGCAAUGGCUCAAUUACUUACUAAAGAAACUUCAUAUUUCGAAUUACCACUUUUCCCGAUAGCCAAUAAUAAUAGAGAUUGGAGCCAUUCAACAACAGUUAACCG